AUGACCACUAGAAGUGUGAAUGUGAUAGUUGAGGAUUUUUUGAAUCAAAUAGGCUGAGGAAAGUAUCAAAAUAUCAUGGCAUUGCAAUGCGGACUUGUAAAGAUAAUUUAGGCAUGAACGACGACUCAAAUGUGAGAAGUUUUAAUUGGCCUCCUUUUGGGCUUAGUUGCAGACGACUGAAACUUAAGCAUUCAAAUGGAAGGCUAUUUAGCUACAUCAAUGCAACUAGGAAUCAUGAUGGGUUCUUAUAUAUGGUGUUAUCUCAGCGACAGAUUUGGGAGAAUGUUUUCUUUCAAGAAAAGUGCAGUUUUACUAACUCUUACAAGUUUUUUAUUGAUAUUUUCUCCUGAAUAUUAUUCCUUUCUCGUUUUCCUCUUUUUUAUGGGAUUUUCUAUUGGUGGUGAAUUGACUGUAGGAGGGGCAGUAUUUUCAGAGUUUUGCCCACCUAAAGAUAUCAAUAAAUUAGCAAGUCUAUCAUUUACUUGGGGAGUUGGAGGAGUAUUUGCUGCUUUAAUUGGAAUAUUUUGCACUGAACAGAAUUUUCUUCCAAUUACUUCAUGAAGAAUUAUGAUAGCAAUUGCAUUUUUAUAUGAAUUUUGCAUAAUGUGUUUUAGAUUCAAAAUGGACGAAACACCAUUUUAUUUGGGUUGCUCUGGAAAUAUAGACAAGGCUGAAAAAAUAAUAGAGAAAAUUGCGAAGACUAAUAACUAUAAUUUACAAAAGCCGCUAGUUUUACAAACUCAUAUAGAGUAUGGAGAAAAUAACAAAAAGAGUAUUUUGGGUUUAUUAAAAUUAUUAUUUUCUGAAAAAUACACAAAAAAUAGCAUCUUUUUUGCCUUUAUUUACUUUUUUCUUGCUAGUGGAUAUACAAAUAUGCUAUACUUUAUGCCUUUAUUCUUAGAUGGGUAUUCUUUAACCGAAAGAUAUUUAAUUAUCAUGCUUCAACAAAUGUGCGCAAUACCUGGGACUAUUGUUUCAUCUUAUUUAUGCAAAUCAAGCUUAGGAAGUAAGCAUACCCUAUCAAUUGGGAUCUUAUUUUCGGCUAUAUUUUGCAUUUUAUUUUAUAUGGCUAAUGAAUUUGCUACAGUAAAAUUUAUUUAGAUUUUAACUUUUACUUCUCUGUUGAUUUUGGUAAUUAUGCUUGCAUAUGGCACUCUUUAUAUGAUUACUCCCGAGUCUUAUCCAAUAGAAAUAAAAAGCACAGGCUGCGGAUGGUCUAAUGCAUGUGGAAGAACGGGAGGAUUGUUAACUCCUAUUGCUACUGGGUGGCUCUUGAGCAUGAAUAAUGGCAAACCAAUAGUUUUGGCUUUAUGUUCCCUGUAUUUUUUGAUUUCUGGCAUUAGUUCAUUUUUUAUUCAAGAAUCAAAAAUGCUAAAUAAAGGAAGUCUAUUUAUUUAUGAAAAAAUUGAUAUUUCAAUGCAGCCAAAUUAA